GUGCAGCGACUCCGCGACACGGACGCCCUGGACCUCAGCGGCCCGGCCCGGGACUUCGCCCUCCGCCUCUGGAACAAGGUACCCCGGAAGACCGUGCUGGAGAAGCCAGCUCGAGCAGCAGAGCGAGAGGCCCGCGCCCUGCUGGAGAAGAACCGGUCGUACAAGUUGCUGGAGGACAGCGAGGAGAGCAGCGAGGAGACUGUGGGCAGAGCUGGGAGCAGCCUCCAGAAGAAGCGUAAAAAACGGAAACACCUCAGGAAGAAACGCCUGGAAGAGGAGGAGGACGAAGAGGAGGAAGAGGCGUCUGAGAAAGGGAAGAGGAAGGCAGGGGAGAGCAAGCAGCUGACGGAGAAGCCGGAGUCGGAGGAUGAGUGGGAGCGGACAGAGCGCGAGCGCCUUCUGGACCUGGAGGAACGUGAUGCGUUUGCGGAGCGGGUUCGGCAGCGGGACAAGGAUCGGACCCGCAACGUCCUGGAGAGAUCGGACAAGAAGGCUUACGAAGAGGCUCAGAAGCGUCUCAAGAUGGCUGAAGAAGACCGGAAAGCCAUGGUCCCCGAGCUGCGGAAGAAAUCCCGCCGGGAGUAUCUGGCCAAGCGGGAGCGUGAGAAGCUGGAGGACCUGGAGGCCGAGCUGGCCGACGAGGAGUUCCUGUUCGGAGACGUGCAGCUGAGCCGGCACGAGCUGCGUGAGCUCAAGUACAAGCGGCGUGUGCGGGAUCUGGCCCGCGAGUACCGGGCGGCUGGGGAGCAGGAGAAGCUGGAGGCCACCAAUCGCUACCACAUGCCCAAGGAGACCCGAGGACAGCCAGCUCGAGCUGUGGAUCUAGUGGAGGAGGAGUCGGGUGCCCCCGGGGAGGAGCAGCGGCGCUGGGAAGAGGCCCGGCUGGGCGCAGCUUCCCUGAAGUUUGGGGCUCGAGACGCCGCCUCCCAGGAGCCCAAGUAUCAGCUGGUGCUGGAGGAGGAGGAGACCAUCGAGUUUGUCCGGGCCACUCAGCUCCAGGGUGACGAGGAGCCGUCGGCGCCCCCGUCCACGCAGGCCCAGCAGAAGGAGUCCAUCCAGGCCGUCCGCCGCAGCCUCCCGGUGUUCCCGUUUCGGGAGGAGCUGCUGGCUGCGGUCGCCAACCAUCAGGUGCUCAUCAUCGAGGGCGAGACGGGCUCGGGGAAGACCACCCAGAUCCCACAGUACCUCUUUGAGGAGGGUUACACCGAGAAGGGGAUGAAGAUUGCCUGCACCCAGCCCCGGAGAGUGGCGGCCAUGAGCGUGGCUGCCCGAGUGGCCCGGGAGAUGGGUGUGAAGCUUGGGAAUGAGGUCGGCUACAGCAUCCGCUUUGAGGACUGCACGUCAGAGCGCACUGUGCUCCGCUACAUGACGGACGGGAUGCUGCUCCGGGAAUUCCUCUCGGAGCCCGACCUCGCGAGUUACAGCGUGGUGAUGGUGGACGAGGCGCACGAGCGGACCCUGCACACAGACAUUCUCUUCGGGUUGAUCAAGGACGUCGCUCGCUUCCGGCCUGAGCUCAAGGUCCUGGUGGCCUCAGCCACGUUGGACACUGCGCGCUUCUCCACCUUCUUCGAUGACGCCCCUGUCUUCCGAAUCCCUGGGCGCAGGUUUCCAGUGGACAUCUUCUAUACCAAGGCCCCAGAGGCCGACUACCUGGAAGCCUGCGUCGUGUCUGUACUGCAGAUCCACGUGACCCAGCCCCCUGGGGAUAUCCUGGUGUUUCUGACAGGGCAGGAGGAGAUCGAAGCUGCCUGUGAGAUGCUGCAGGACCGCUGCCGCCGCCUGGGCUCCAAAAUCCGGGAGCUCCUGGUUCUGCCCAUUUAUGCCAACCUGCCCUCCGACAUGCAGGCCCGCAUCUUCCAGCCCACACCCCCGGGCGCACGGAAGGUGGUCGUGGCAACAAACAUCGCUGAGACGUCGCUCACCAUCGAGGGCAUCAUCUACGUGCUGGACCCAGGGUUCUGCAAGCAGAAGAGCUACAACCCGCGCACAGGCAUGGAGUCGCUCACCGUCACACCCUGCAGCAAGGCUUCAGCCAACCAGCGAGCUGGCCGGGCAGGCCGAGUGGCCGCAGGCAAGUGCUUCCGCCUGUAUACUGCCUGGGCCUAUCAGCACGAGCUCGAGGAGACCACGGUGCCCGAGAUCCAGAGGACCAGCCUGGGCAACGUCGUGUUGCUGCUGAAGAGCCUGGGCAUCCAUGACCUAAUGCACUUUGAUUUUCUGGACCCCCCUCCAUACGAGACCCUGCUGCUGGCUUUGGAGCAGCUGUACGCCCUGGGAGCUCUCAACCACCUCGGGGAGCUCACCACGUCUGGGCGGAAGAUGGCGGAGCUGCCGGUGGACCCCAUGCUGUCCAAAAUGAUCUUAGCCUCUGAGAAGUACAGCUGUUCAGAGGAGAUCCUGACGGUGGCUGCCAUGCUGUCUGUCAACAACUCCAUCUUCUACCGCCCCAAGGACAAGGUCGUCCACGCUGACAAUGCUCGGGUCAACUUCUUCCUCCCUGGUGGGGACCACCUGGUUCUGCUGAAUGUUUACACGCAGUGGGCCGAGAGUGGCUACUCUUCCCAGUGGUGCUAUGAGAACUUCGUGCAGUUCAGGUCGAUGCGCCGAGCCCGGGACGUGCGGGAGCAGCUGGAAGGGCUCUUGGAACGCGUGGAAGUUGGUCUCAGCUCCUGCCAGGGGGACUACGUCCGUGUGCGCAAGGCCAUCACCUCUGGCUACUUCUACCACACGGCACGGCUGACUCGCAGCGGCUACCGAACUGUGAAGCAGCAGCAGACAGUGUUCAUCCAUCCCAACUCCUCCCUCUUCGAACAGCAGCCGCGCUGGCUGCUCUACCAUGAGCUUGUCUUGACCACCAAGGAGUUCAUGAGACAGGUGUUAGAGAUCGAGAGCAGCUGGCUUCUGGAAGUGGCUCCCCAUUACUAUAAGGCCAAGGAGCUAGAAGACCCCCAUGCCAAGAAAAUGCCCAAAAAAAUAGGCAAGACUCGAGAAGAGCUGGGCUGAGAGAAGUGGGGAUGAACAGGACUGGACGCCGCCUUUUCCUUCCAUGCAUUAUCUAAUAUCUAUUAAAUAAAAUUAUUUUUGGAAUAAAA